AGAUCGGGCCAGGUGUGAAUCGCCUGUCUUUCCGCGGGGUCGAUGAACGGCGGCCCUGCGUCGGCUUUACGAUCUGAGCUGCGGCGGCGGGCGGGAGCGCGGAGGAGGAGAAAAUAAGAACGUUGUUAUACGGUCUGCCUCAGACCUUGCCGCGAGACCACGGGGCUCUCGGGUUGCGGGACCUGAGUGGCUUCGACACGAGACUCCAGAGGACCAACUUGGUUGAGACAGAGGGGUCUAUCUACCCUUCCGCAUUUUCCUGUGUCUCUCUCCCGGGCGGUGACGUGACGUGCUGACGGCGGGCCUUUGCCGGGGAGCUGGGCCGCUUUUUGUCAGCUCCGAACUCGGCCCCUCCUCCCUUCCUCCGCCCGCCCCGCCAGUAGGAGCCCGGCCCAGUGCUCCAGAGAAAGGAGGCCUGCAUCACCCGCCACCGUCACCCACCGCCCGCACCCGUGUCUGCUGCUACCAAAUCAUUUGUUGCCUGGAGAAUAUAAAUACGCUUUGAGAAUUAUUUCUGCAAUCAGAAGGAGCUGUGACUAAUGAGAAUCAGAGGCCAUGGAUGAAGAUGAACUUGAAAUACAGCCACAGGAACCAAACUCAUGUUUUGAUGGAAUAGGAACUGAUGCUACACACAUGGAUGGUGAUCAAAUUGUUGUGGAAGUACAAGAAACUGUUUUUGUUUCAGAUGUUGUGGAUUCAGAUAUAACUGUGCAUAAUUUUGUUCCUGAUGAUCCAGACUCAGUUGUAAUCCAAGAUGUUAUUGAGGAUGUUGUUAUUGAGGAUGUUCAGUGCUCUGAUAUCUUAGAAGAAGCAGAUGUGUCUGAAAAUGUCAUCAUUCCUGAGCAAGUGCUUUCCUCAGAUGUAACAGAAGAAGUGUCCUUAGCACAUCGCACAGUCCCAGAUGACGUCUUAGCUUCUGAUGUUACUUCAGCCUCAAUGUGUAUGCCAGAACACGUCUUGACCAGUGAGUCUGUACAUGUGUCUGACAUUGGACACGUUGAACACAUUGUUCAUGAUAGUGUAGUAGAGGCAGAAAUUGUCACUGAUCCUCUGACAGCCAACAUAGUGUCAGAAGACAUAUUGGUAGCAGAUUGUGCCUCAGAAGCAGUCAUAGAUGCCAACGGGAUCCCUGUGGACCAGCAGGAUGAUGACAAAGGCAACUGUGAGGACUACCUUAUGAUUUCCUUGGAUGAUGAUGGCAAAAUGGAACAGGACUGUUCCGCUGGUAUGACCAUAGACGCAGAGUCAGAAAUUGAUCCUUGUAAGGUGGAUGGCACUUGCCCUGAAGUCAUCAAGGUGUAUAUUUUUAAAGCUGACCCUGGAGAGGAUGACUUAGGUGGGACUGUUGACAUUGUGGAGAGUGAACCUGAGAAUGAUCAUGGAGUUGAAAUCCUUGAUCAAAAUAACAGUAUUCGUGUGCCAAGGGAAAAGAUGGUUUAUAUGACUGUCAGUGACUCUCAACAAGAAGAUGAAGAUUUAAAUGUUGCUGAAAUUGCAGAUGAAGUUUAUAUGGAAGUGAUUGUAGGAGAGGAAGAUGCUGCUGUUGCUGCAGCAGCUGCUGCCACUGUGCAUGAACAAGAAAUGGAUGACAAUGAAAUGAAAACCUUCAUGCCAAUAGCGUGGGCAGCAGCUUAUGGUAAUAAUUCUGAUGGAAUUGAAAAUCGGAAUGGCACUGCAAGUGCUCUCUUGCACAUAGAUGAGUCUGCUGGACUUGGCAGACUGGCUAAACAAAAACCAAAGAAAAGGAGAAGACCUGAUUCCAGGCAGUACCAAACAGCAAUAAUUAUUGGUCCCGAUGGACAUCCCUUGACUGUCUAUCCUUGUAUGAUUUGUGGAAAAAAAUUUAAGUCAAGAGGUUUUUUGAAAAGGCACAUGAAAAACCAUCCUGAACACCUUACCAAAAAGAAGUACCGCUGUACUGAUUGUGAUUACACUACCAAUAAGAAGAUGAGUUUACACAAUCACCUGGAGAGCCACAAGCUUACCAGCAAGGCAGAGAAGGCCAUCGAAUGUGAUGAGUGUGGGAAGCAUUUCUCCCAUGCUGGGGCUUUGUUCACUCACAAAAUGGUGCAUAAGGAAAAAGGAGCCAACAAAAUGCAUAAAUGUAAAUUCUGUGAGUAUGAGACAGCUGAACAAGGGUUAUUAAACCGCCACCUUUUGGCAGUCCACAGCAAGAACUUUCCUCAUAUAUGUGUAGAGUGUGGUAAAGGUUUUCGUCACCCAUCAGAGCUCAAAAAGCACAUGCGAAUCCAUACUGGAGAGAAGCCGUACCAAUGCCAGUACUGCGAAUAUAGGUCUGCAGACUCUUCUAAUUUGAAGACCCAUGUGAAAACUAAGCAUAGUAAAGAAAUGUCUUUCAAAUGUGACAUUUGUCUUCUGACGUUCUCAGAUACCAAAGAGGUUCAGCAACAUGCUCUUAGCCACCAAGAAAGCAAAACACACCAGUGCUUGCAUUGUGACCACAAGAGUUCAAACUCUAGCGAUUUGAAACGUCACAUAAUUUCAGUUCACACAAAGGACUACCCCCAUAAGUGUGACAUGUGUGAUAAAGGCUUUCACAGGCCAUCAGAACUCAAGAAGCAUGUGGCUGCCCACAAGGGUAAAAAAAUGCACCAGUGUAGACAUUGUGACUUUAAGAUUGCAGAUCCGUUUGUUCUAAGUCGCCAUAUUCUCUCAGUUCACACGAAAGAUCUUCCAUUUAGGUGUAAGAGAUGCAAAAAGGGAUUUAGGCAACAGAAUGAGCUUAAAAAGCACAUGAAGACACACAGUGGCAGGAAAGUGUAUCAGUGUGAGUACUGUGAAUAUAGCACUACAGAUGCCUCAGGCUUUAAACGGCAUGUUAUUUCCAUUCAUACAAAAGACUAUCCUCACCGUUGUGAGUACUGCAAGAAAGGGUUCCGAAGACCUUCAGAAAAGAACCAGCACAUAACGCGACAUCAUAAAGAAGUUGGCCUGCCCUAACAAUAACACGUCUACAGGCUUUGUAGAGAUAUUGGCCUUGAAACAGAAUUUCAUUUUAAAGCUAGUCAGUCUUGUUCACAUACAGUACUGUACAUUGAUUUAUACUGUGUACAGGUAGGAUUAUUUCUUGUUAAAUUUGCAUUUUACUCAGUAGAGUGUUCUGCAUCCUGUUCAGUUUAAAUGAGGAAAAGCAGCAACCAAAAUUUUGUUUUUAGUAAUUUCUGAGUCUAUGUUGAAUUUUUCAGUCUUUGAAGUUUUACUGUUUUAAGUUUUUAUUCACCUGUAUGGUACUCUUCUAAGACCACAUGAAAGAUUUAAAAAAUAUAGUAUUGGUAACUCUAAAAGUAAUCAUUUUCUCAUUUUUCCCACACAAAUUUUUAGCAUUAAAUAGAAACAUCUCCUAAUGUCAAUGAGGGAUUUUACUGAUCGGUCUAAAUUAAACAUGAAAGUCAUUUUCCUUGUCUAGCUUAACAUUUUCAGGUCACAUGACCAUGGAACUUCCCACUUGAGAGUCUACCUUUGCUGAAUAUAAAAUAUUGACUAGGUUUGUGUUUAAUUUUCAUCCUGUUUAACAGAAAAAGCUUGCUUUGUUUUACCCUCUUUGUAGUGUUGUGGGUUUUUUUGCCAGCAUAGCAUGCUUUUAGAAAGUCAUACUGAAAGGUUUUUCUUCUUCCUGUUUUUUAUUCUUUUGCCUAUACUCCUUGUUUUGGAAUAGUUGUGUUCUGCAGAUGAGAUUUAUUGUGAACUACGUUGAAAUUUUUUUAGAGAUGUAUGUGGCUCAUAGAUUGCACAGCUGGAUGUGUAAGGUACCCCCAAAUUUUAUGUGUACCUUUUUGUUGGCUUAUUUUAUGUACGUCAGCACCCAGUCCGAAAUUUUAAGUCUAUAAUGGGAAGAAUUAAAAGUACUAUAACCUGGAAGAUCUAAGUAUAUGAAAGAGCAUUUUCCCCAGCUUGUAAUUCAGAGGUUGAAAUUUAGCUGAAAAAUUAGGGGGAAAAAAUGACACUAGUGUAUUUAUAAAAAGUUAUGGUAACAAUCUUUGGUAAUUGGAAAAGAAAAGUCAUUUCUAGAUAGAAUGCUUACAUAACAGCUUCAUCUUUAUACCUUAAAAAAUUUCUGAAAAGCUAAUGGAGUAUCAAGACAUUUGUCUUCAGUUCUGAUUGAGAAACUUUUAAAGAAACUGUCAUCUCAGAGAAUAGGAUGAUAGAGUAACAAAGGACUAGCUCUAUGUACGGAAGACUACUGCAAACUAAACUUGACAAGUUAAAUGUUGACAUUUUAACAUAUAAAAUGAAUUCAAACAGUUAAUUACAAUUUGGUUAUGUUAAUACAAAUUUUAUACCACAGUUAAACACUUUUUAGUGUUUUUGUUAAACUAGCUACUGGCACAUAAUAUACUGGCACAUGGGGGGAGAUUAGAAAUUUUUCUUCUCUUAGGAUAGGUACCUUACAACUUCAUUAUGUGGUGCUUUCUUCUACUUCUGCUGUAAAAGUUUCAUCUUUUGCCUUUCUCUGUGCCAUUAAUAUUCUUGUUCAGAAGUUAUAUUAAUAGGGUUAGAAAUAAAAGUGGGUUUAUUGACAGCCACUCAAGGCUAGGUUAAUUUAUUCUCUUUCUAAGUCAAGUGCUUUAGGUAGGUAGAAAUUUAAACUUAAUGCCAAUCACAGGAUGGAUUUUGGAACCUCUGCCUACUUGGUCUCCAUGUAUAUCCCCACCUGUUUUAGUAUCUGUUUUCCUGAUCUGGAAAACUGUUUCUAUGUGUAAGAAUCUUUUAAAUCCCCCUUGAAUUUGUUAACCCCUACAGUAACAGAAAAUGUUUAAUGAAAGUUUACAUUUAUGAAUUUUAGAACAUUCUGUAAAAUUAAUACAGAUAAAUAGCUAUUUAUAUUUUAAAGAAUAUACUGAAAGAUAAAGAACACAGAACUUUACAUAUUUCUCACAUAUUCUGGAGUCAAACAGUUGUUUCUAAGCACAAUAUUGAAACCUUCAAAAGGUGUUUAAGGAUUUGGUCAAGUAAGUAUGGUAAAAUACUUGUCUUCAUAAAGAAAAAAUUAAAUUGUACUUACUGUUAUGUGCUAAUAUUAGUUGAAGUUGUUUUAAUCCUUAAAACAAUUUGAUUAGCAAAGCUAAGAAAAAAAAUAGAUGUUUCAGUUUAAUAUUUUAAAGAGGUACCAGUUUUUAGAAAACAUAAGUUAUUUGUUGAAAUAACCUGUUAAAUAUUGUAUGUUCUUUCUUCUGUACAUUGUACAAUACUUAAUAAGAAAUUCAUACAGAAAAAUGUGACACUAUUGUAAAUGUGUACUUGAGAGUAACAUGCAAAAAUAAAAAUCAGACUUAUUUUCCUGAUAA